UGCUUUCCCUCCGCAGCUCGGGUCCGCGCCCCAGUCCUGAGGGUGGCGCGGAGGGCCGGGAGGGAGGGUCGGCUGGUGGGCGGCGCCUCUCGGGGCUGGAGGCCGCUCCGGGCCGGCGCCGCCCUCUGUCUCUCGCCGUCCCUCCCUCCUGCCCGCCGGCGCUCCGAGGCCGAGCUUCCUGCGUCCCCAUCCCGCUCCCGGAGCGGGCUGUGCGCCCUCUACGCCACCGCCUCCCUCGACCGAGACCCCCCCACGCCGCCGAACCUCCGGCCCCGGGAUCAUAGCGCUCCGAAGGAGGCAGCCCGGGGGGGACCGGGUCGGGGAGCCCCCGGUCCCCGGCCGCCCGACCGUGACCGUGCUGGACCCGCAGCCGCCCGGGUGGGUCCUUAACUCAAAAGUUUAGCAUGAAGAGUUGUUUUCAGGCCUGCCCUGAGCGCCCCCACGAAACAACAGACCUCUCGGCCGCAGCUGUCCACGCAGGAUGCCUCGAAUUUGCUGGAAGCCGUCCCUCGAGAGCGCAGCCGCUGCUUCUUUAGGGCGGCACUAGGGAUUUCGUUCCGUGCGUUGAAGGGGUUUCUGUUGUUCUUGCUGCGGCUGCUGGUGCGCUCAUUUAUUUACUUUCUUGCUUUGCACCGGCCCUCGGCCCGCUCCCACUGGCAUGAUGGCCCAGUCGAAGGCCAACGGCUCCCACUAUGCGCUGACCGCCAUCGGCCUGGGGAUGCUGGUUCUCGGGGUCAUCAUGGCCAUGUGGAACCUGGUGCCCGGGUUCAGUGCCCACGAAAAGCCGACAGCUCAGGGGAACAACAAGACAGAGAUAGGCAGUGGCAUUCUCAAGAGCAAGACCUUCUCCGUGGCCUACGUGCUGGUCGGGGCUGGGGUGAUGCUGCUUCUGCUCUCCAUCUGCCUGAGCAUCCGGGACAAGAGGAAGCAGCAUCAAGGCGAGGAGAUGGCCCACAUCCAGCACCAGCCAGGGGUCGAGCCACACGGCCGGGAGGAAGACAGCCAGGAGGAGGAGGAGGACGCCUCCUCCAGGUACUAUGUCCCCAGUUACGAGGAAGUGAUGAACACAAACUACUCAGAAGCGAGGGAACUGGACCAGAACCCGAGGAUGAGCAUCUCUCUCCCGUCCUAUGAGUCCUUGACGGGUCUUGACGAGACGAGCCCCACAGCUGCCAGGGCCAACGUGGAGACCAGCCCGGGGAAUCCACCCGACAGGCAGAACUCCAAGUUGGCCAAACGCCUAAAGCCACUCAAAGUUCGAAGGAUUAAAUCCGAAAAGCUUCACCUCAAAGACUUCAGGAUCAGCCUCCCGGACAAAAACGUCCCUCCUCCCUCCAUCGAGCCUUUGACCCCCCCACCACAGUAUGAUGAAGUCCAGCAGAAGGCUCCUGAUGCCCGGCCACCUGACUGACGGCCCCGCUCAGGUGUGUUCCUCCGGUCGCUCACCCUCCACGCCACGGACCCCCCGUGAAGCCACUUCAGCUGCAAUUGAGGAGCGGAGGGGGCAGAUGCAUACAGAUUGAUGUGGAUGGGGGUGAGGGAGGGGGGCGUGGGGAGUCCAGUGACUAGGGACUGACUGACAUCCACAGAACCUCACGUGGCAGGUGCGUCGGGAAUAGGUGCUGCCUCGGAUCUCGGGAUGUGGACCCCGUCGGGGUCCUCGCGGGGUACGCACCUUCCCCAUCGUUUUUCCCCAACUCUGGGUUGUUGGCCACAACACCUCUCUUUCCAAACAGGAGAGGAUGCCUAGCAGCUGGUUUAGGUUGUGAUUUUUGUUUUGCUUCCACUAGGACUGUUUUGUUUCAAAAAGAAAACAAGAUAUGCCUUUGCUUUCUUCACCGGAGUCCUGAGCUGUGGGUAGGAGAUAUGACUCGGCUUUCUAGAAAGGACGCGGGGCCGUUUCGGGAAUGAAGUGAAACAAGAGGCUGAUCGAUGAUGUGGGGGUGAGGCCCAGCUGGGGCUCUCUCAGAGCCCCUGAAGCUGUUGGCUCUCGGAGGGCACAAGGCCCGGUGAUGCAUAAGAUCAGAGUCUUUACUGGUACGCUUUCCUAGUGCCUUCUGGGUAAGGGCAACAAAGGAAAGCUGUGUGAGAUAUUUUAUUCCUUCUAAAGUGCCGUGCAAGUGAGCUUUUUAUAAUAAAAUAUUUUAUAUGUAGUACAUUUGGGCGCUGAAUUACUGUCGCAGCUCUUCCAACACUGACUUGCUUAGGGAGAAAUAUCACUGAUAAUAAUAGUUGCUGCUAAUCUGCACAAAACACUUCACCCGUGUUACGGCAUUUCAUCUGCAUCCUGGUAUCACUGCCAUUUUGCAGGCUAGCUCACAGAGGCUCAGGUUCAAGUGCCUCACGUCACAUCGCUAGGAAGUAGCCGCGCUAGAGUCUGAACCCCAGCCGUCUGGCUCCAGGGCCUGAGUUCUUUAAAUGCUCUACUGUGCCAUUCAGCGUAAAGAGCUUUUUCAAACUUCGAAUGAGGAUCUGUGCUUCCCAGGAAGGGGAAGCUAUUACUGCUGCCCCUUCGACCCACAUACCCAACAGAACAUGGUGGCUGUCUAGACAGCAGCUCCUACCGACCUAAACGUCCCCCCAGCAUCCCCCUCCUGAGACCCGGCCCAGCGGGAGCCGAGGGGCUGUAUGCUCAGAAAGGCCGGGUGAGUGUGUCCUCAUGCAGGGGGCAAAGUGCCUGCCUGUGGAACCCAGGAAAGCAGUUCAACUAAUGAGGAUGCCCAGGGGAUUGCUGACUGCUGAGACUAAGCCAGAAGAGGAACGACUGGGGUCAGGGUCUUGACCGUGGAGUGGGAGUCUGGGAAGACACACCUGAGUCCAGGGGUGCCUUCCUGGUACUGGGAAGCAUGAAGUGGAGUCUGCAUGGCUAGGAGAAGAGUAAAUUCUGAGGCCCUGGAUGUUUCCUAAAAACUUCUAAGUAGAGAAGAGGCAGCAGGUAGGGAAUGAAUCACUCCUGAUCUCAGGAUGGGCAGUACGGUCUAAAUUCCAACCUUUCACUUUCCUUAUGCAAAUCAAUCUAUUAAAAGGGAGCUGCAAGGACCUGCUUCGUGGCUUAAGACACCAGAGACCUGUGGCUCUCCAUGUAUCUGGGGGAAGUUAGUCUUUAUGCUUCCUCCUGAUGGGAAGACAAACAGGAGGAAAAAGAAAAGAUGAGCAGGGCACCUGGAUGGCUCAGUUGAUUAAGCCUCUGACUCUUGACUUCGGCUCAGGUCAUGGUCUCAGGGUCGUGAGAAUGAGCCCGGAGUAGAGCCCUACAUUGGGCUCCACGCUCAGCAGGGAGUCGGCUGGAGAUUCUCUCUCUCCUUCUGUCCCUCCACCGCCCCCUUUCUAAAAUAAAUAAAUCUUUAAAAAAGAAAAGGAGAAUAGCAAGAUUCCAAAUGAUAGAAAGGGCCCUCAAAAAAAAAAAAAAAAAAGAAAGGGCCCUCAGUCUGGGCUCUGGUGGAUCAUCCUGUGGGGCGUCUGCCCAGCCUAGACCCUCCUGGGGGGAGAAAGUUUUGGGGCUUGUAGUGGGCUGGAUGGUAACCCUGAAAGAUCUCAGGACCUAAGUCCUAGGACCUGCGGAAGUUACCUGACAAGGUAAAGGUUUUGCAGGCAUGAUUAAAUUAAGGGUUUUGAGAUGAGGUUAUCCGGGAAUCACCAGGUGAACUCUAGAUGCCAUCCACAAGUGCACUUGCAAAUGAGAGCUGGGGGACACCACACGCAUAGAAGGGGAGGAACCAUGGUGACCACGGCUGCAGAGACUGGCCUGGUGUGUCUGCAAGCCAGGGACUGCCGGCAGCCCUGGAGCUGGAGGAGGCAAGGGGAUUCCCCCCUAAGCAUCCACAGGAGCUGCAACCUUGACUGUGGCCCAGCUGAUGCUGGUUUUGGACUUCUGGCCUCCAGAACCAUGAGAAAAUACCUUUCUAUUAUUUUAGGCUACUAAGUCUGUGGGAAUUUGUUGCCUAGAACAUGUAGCAUAUAGAGCAUGGUUCACCUUUGUCUAUAGGAAGGCAGAGAGAAUGUUAGCUGGAAAUGUGGCCUGGAGACCUGAACAGUGCCUAGAGAAGCAAAAGAAAAAAGAAAAAAUCCAUCUGCAGUAUUAAGAUAAAACCACCUGUCAAAGCAGGGGACCACCUUCACCUCAAAAUUCCCCAAGGCACACUCAUCCUGUUUGCCCCUUGGUCCAGAUCUAUCAGGGCCCUCCAUCUUUUGACUCAAAAAAAAAAAAAAAAAAAAAAAAAAAGGUGGGGGGCAGAGGGUAAAAGCCAGAAUAAAGCCUCUAGCCCUUUC